AUGAUGGGUCGGCUGUUGCUUUUGCUGUUUUCUGUAAUAGCUGUUAACCUUCCCCUGAGGUAUGGCUGCAUUAAGAUUAUUGGAGGACAUACAGUAGCUCCUCAUUCCAGGCCUUUCAUGGCUGCGAUACAGAAAGGCAGAUCAACUGUGUGUGGGGGAGCUCUCAUUGAAAAAAACUGGAUUUUGACAGCAGCACAUUGUAAACUAAUGGGAAGAUCAGAACUUAAAGUUGUUCUUGGAGCCCAUCAACCAUCCAUAGCUGAAAAAGAACAGCAGAUAUUUAAGGUUUUGAGGCACUGUUCCAAUCCCCAGUUUAACUCUUCUUCCAAAGAAAACGACAUAAUGCUCCUCAAGUUAAAUGGUAGUGCAAAUUUAAAUCAAUAUGUGGCUCUUUUGCCCCUACCUUCACGUGAUGAAGAUAUUAAAACUGGAACAAAGUGUCAGGUGGCAGGCUGGGGAGUCACAUCUUCAGGGAAGCCCUCAAAGUGUCUUAAGGAAGCAACUGUUAAAAUCAUCAACAGGAAAACCUGCAGCAGAAACUAUAAAAAACAGAUAAAAAUAACCAACAACAUGUUGUGUGCUGGGUGGAAUAACGCAUUUUCAAAGAGUGAUGCCUGUCAGGGAGAUUCAGGUGGGCCACUAAUAUGUUCUGGUAAAUACAGUGGAAUCAUUUCUUUUGGAAAAGGUUGUGGAAAAAUGCGGAAACCUGGAGUUUAUACACGACUGACAGAAAAAUACCUUCAAUGGAUAAAGAAAAUAAUUGACAACUACUGAGAGCAAUGGUGAUCAGUUCUCACUUCCCAGUGAGAAAGGCAUUAACUUCAGUAACCGUCAAUGGGCAAAACAAUAUUAUGAGCACAACAAUGUUAUUUUAUAUAUUAUUAAUGCAUUUCAAUGUGUAUGAUGGUGAAUCCUGUAUAAUACACUUUUUCUGAGCAUCUUCUCCUAUAAGAGGGCAUCUCAAAAUAUCCCCAACCAGGCAGAUCAUAAACAUUUUCAUCCCUUUUAGCAGACCAUCUCUUUUAUGCAUCUGUUUUUUGUCAGA